AUGGAACAAGAUCCAGCCCCCGCCGCCACGGCCUUUGAUGUAGCUACGCAAUUUGUGGACCGAGAAAUUCAAAAUUGGAAGGGGCCGCAUGCAUUGGUCAUCGGGAUUUCGGGCCCUCAGGGUUCAGGGAAGUCGUUUCUUACUGCUAAGAUUCUAGACCACCUUCGUCACAGUAAACCGACACUCAAUUGCGUCGGGUUGCUGCUUGAUGAUUUUUACCUUACACAUAAGGAUCAGGUUGCCGUCACCAAGGCAGCUCAACUCUCGGAAAAUGCCUUGUUGCAGGGUAGAGGGUUGCCCGGUACUCACGAUUUGGAGUUGGCUGUAGAAACACUCCACAAGCUCAGAAACGGGACUGUUCCGGUUGGAAUACCAUUUUACGAUAAGAGCGCUUUUAAUGGAGAGGGAGACCGUCUGGAUCUGUGGGGUGCGGUCGAUAAAACUGUAGAUGUAGUGUUGUUUGAAGGGUGGAUGAACGGCUUCAAGGCCAUUGACCCAACUCUGUUCCCGGCAGCAUAUAUGUGCACGGGAACCGAAAGUGUGGUCCAGAAAACACAUAUGUACCAUUUGGAGGAGAUCAAUGCCGACCUUGGACGGUAUGAGCCCUUGUGGGGGCUCUUCGAUCGCUUCGUCUAUCUCAAAACUGACGUCGAGAAGAAUGUCUACAAGUGGCGGCUUCAACAGGAAGCCGAUCUCAUUUCCAAACGUGGCACAGGAAUGACGGAUGCGCAGGUGGUCCAGUUUGUGGACCGCUACAUGCCCAUGUACGUGCUCUACUACUGGCGGAUGUGUGCUGAAGGCGCUGCCAAAGGCAAGGACUGCAACUUGUGCAUUGAAAUCAAUGGCGAUAGAAACGUGGAGGGCCACUUUUACUUUUGA